AUGCUGGCACUGCCUCCCCUGCCUCCUCUGCCUCCUCUGCCUCCUCUGCCUCCCCUGCCUCCUCUGCCUCCUCUGCCUCCCCUGCCUCCCCUGCCUCCUCUGCCUCCUCUGCCUCCCCUGCCUCCUCUGCCUCCUCUGCCUCCCCUGCCUCCUCUGCCUCCUCUGCCUCCUCUGCCUCCUCUGCCUCCUCUGCCUCCCCUGCCUCCUCUGCCUCCUCUGCCUCCCCUGCCUCCUCUGCCUCCUCUGCCUCCUCUGCCUCCUCUGCCUCCUCUGCCUCCUCUGCCUCCUCUGCCUCCCCUGCCUCCUCUGCCUCCCCUGCCUCCUCUGCCUCCUCUGCCUCCUCUGCCUCCUCUGCCUCCUCUGCCUCCCCUGCCUCCUCUGCCUCCCCUGCCUCCUCUGCCUCCUCUGCCUCCUCUGCCUCCCCUGCCUCCCCUGCCUCCUCUGCCUCCUCUGACCACACUGCUCUGGACACAUGACACACCUCAGCCACAGCUGCCCCACUGA